AUGGCGGUCACCGAGAUCGCCUUCCUUCACUUGAAGGUCCGUCAGCCAUCGACCGCCACAAAGACGGGUCUACGAGAAGCUCAACAGGCCCAGUCGAAGUACUCGGGUUAUCCUGUCCACUUUCUGCGACAGGUGGAAGACCCAAGCUAUUUCUACCUUCUCGGUGGCUGGGAGUCUGUCGCUAUACAUGGCGGGGAAUGGAUUACGUCCGAGAUCAACCAGCGAUUGCUUGGCAAGCUGCAGGUCGAUAUGGAUGUGGAAUGGAUGUUUCACUUGGAUGUUCCGCCUUCCGGCUCUCUCUCCAACACUCCGCUCCAAGCACCAGUCGUGAUGCUGAGCAGGUACUUUGUCAACCCUAGCAAGAAGGCCAAGUUCGAUCAUGUCUUCGCAGCAGGUAUCCCAGCGUUGGAAGCAUCAACCUGCGUCUCUCCGUACUUUGGAGGGUGGAGAAUUGAUAAAGACAUGGAAAGCGAGAACGAGGAAUUUGUUGUCCUGACUGGAUGGAAAGCGAUAGAAGAUUUUCAUAAUUUCUCUGAGUCAAUGGCCACAGAGCAAUUCAUGGUAAUCCAAACUGUGGCUACAAGGGUCGAAACGAAGCAUCUCCGUCUGGAGAAAUGGGAAUGA